UCCAGAUCCAGCCGUAAGAUAGGAUCCAGGAGUCCGCAUCUUGCCGGAGUCCCGAGGAUUUUAAUCAUGCCUCUCCGUCUGUGUGUGAGAGCAGGCAGGCUGACAAUGAUUUCCUCAGUGAUUACGUACAGAGCGAGUCCCUGCGGGUUAGGGGCCCCCUCUGGAGCCGUCCUGAUGGCUUUGGGGGCCUUGCUUCCAUUUUCCAUUAUUAUGUGGACUACCGGAGCGACAGCGCAGUCCAAGACCUUGCAGGUUUGUGAUGAGGAGGGAGCUCACAUCUUCUCUCUGCUUCUUUUUUUUACCAAUUUAGACGUAGACUUAGAUCAUAUUCAGAUCCAAAUCCUGUGCUCGCAAACGGGAAUGAGAAAAGGGAGACAGUCUGAUUUACUUUAGUAUGUAGUAAAAAGUAUAUUUUUUUCUCCAAUUUUUAAAAGUUUUGUUGCAAUUUUUUUUUUCAUUUUCACAGCAGGCGAUUGCUGAUCUCUUCCCAGCGCGAUUACAGUUCAGAGCAAACAUUAAAAAGAAAUAACCAUGUUUUUGUUUUAAUGCGCGUCUCUAAAUGUUUGCAGACGAAUGUUCAAUAUCGGAAGGAUGGGACCGUAUGCGGCGGAAUUACCACUAUUUUGAUACUUUUCCUAAUACCACAGUUGCGUUAAAUAGGUAGCUUGGAUUUUUAAACGCAUUACCUCCCUGUGUGUUUAUCUCAAAACAGUCGUCAUUCAGAUUUUAUUUGACAUACAUUUUUUUUAAUCUCGAGAGAACAACCGUUUCUGUUGUCUGAAAAUAAAAACGGAUUUCAUAGGAUAUUCGCUAUUUACACUAGCGUAUACAGUCGUUCAAUCUGAAACUGGGCAGCUUCAACUGUUUUCUUUAGGAUGUCUCGCCGCAAGCAAGCAAAACCAAGAUCUUUAAAAGUAGAGGAAAAUGAAACGGAGGAGCAGCCCUCUGCAGCGGGACGGUCUGGUGCUCAGAGCGACCCGAAUGGUGAACUAGGAAAGCCGGCAGAAGAUGGGGCGGACGGCGAGCUGAAGAGCCGGCCGGCACCUCCGGAGGAGGGGGACGAGGGGGAGGAGGAAGAGGAGGAGGCGCUGCACAGCUGCGACGGCUGCCUGCAGGUGUUCGAGUCGCUGAGCGAUCUCACCGAACACAAGAUUAAUCAAUGUCAGCUGACAGACGGAGUCGAUAUCGAGGAUGACCCUUCGGGCUCCUGGCCCGCAUCCUCGCCGUCCAGCAAAGACCAGACGUCCCCUGUUCAUGGGGAUGGGUAUGACUUCGGGGAAGAGGAAGGGGGCCCAGGGCUGCCAUACCCCUGCCAGUUCUGUGACAAGUCGUUCAGCCGCUUGAGCUUCCUGAAGCACCACGAGCAGAGUCACGGCGACAAACUGCCCUUCAAGUGCACCUUCUGCAGCCGCCUUUUCAAGCACAAGCGCAGCCGCGACCGGCACGUCAAGCUGCACACGGGUGACAAGAAGUACCACUGCAGUGAGUGUGACGCUGCCUUCUCCCGCAGUGACCACCUCAAGAUCCACCUAAAAACGCACACCUCCAACAAGCCAUACAAGUGUGCGGUCUGCCGGCGCGGGUUCCUCUCCUCCAGCUCUUUGCAUGGCCACAUGCAAGUCCAUGAGCGGACCAAGGACAGUGGCCAGGGUCUGUCCGGGGCUGAUGACUGGAAGCUGAGGGAGACCCAGAAGUGUAGUCAGUGUGAGGAAGGCUUUGACGUGCCCGAGGACCUGCAGAGGCACAUUGCCGAGUGCCACCCAGAGUGCUCCCCACCCCAGGAGAUUGGUGCCCUGCAGUGCAUCUACUGUCACGAGCCGUUCACUGAAGAGGGCUCUCUGCUGAGCCACAUCGACCAGGUGCACAACCGAGACAAGAAGGGCCACACUUGUGCCAUCUGCUCCGAGCAUUUCCACGCAGUGGAAGAGCUCUACAGCCACAUGGAUAUCCACCAGCAGCCAGAAUCCAGUAACCAUAGCAACAGUCCUUCCCUGGUGACAGUGGGCUACACCUCCGUCUCCAGCACCACUCCGGACUCAAACCUUUCUGUCGACAGCUCGACUAUGGUGGACGUGGCGCCACCAUUGCCAAAAACCCGCGGAAGGAAGAGAGCAGCCCAGCAUGCAGCCGAUGGCACCGGCCUGUCCUCCAAGCAGGCAAAAGUCUCGUACAGUUGCAUUUACUGCAACAAGCAAGUGUUUUCUAGUCUGGCCGUCUUACAGAUCCACCUCAAGACUAUGCACCUUGACAAACCUGAACAGGCUCACACGUGCCAGUACUGCUUUGAGGUGCUGCCAUCUCUCUACAACCUAAACGAGCACCUGAAGCAGGUGCAUGACAACCAGGACCAGAAUGCAUUGCUGGGUGGUGUGUCCGCCGGGGUCUUGCAGUGCAACUUUUGCCCCGAGGUGCUAAGUGACCUCAAUGCCUUGCAGGAGCACAUCCGUUGCUCGCAUGGCUUUCCAAGUCCACUCGCCAAAGAGAGCAACGCUUUUUUCUGUCCCCAGUGCUUCAUGGGGUUCCUCACCGAGACCACUCUGGAGGAGCACAUCCGUCAGACGCACUGUGACAGUGGCAGCACGCAUUUUGACUCACCCCUGGCCGGGACACCCAAGGACCCCAUUGUGGAGGUGUAUUCCUGCUCAUACUGCACAAACUCCCCCAUUUUUAACAGCAUAUUGAAGCUGAACAAGCACAUCAAAGAGAAUCACAAAAAUAUACCCCUUGCACUUAAUUAUGUCAACAACGGGAAGAAGGUGAAUCGCACCCUGAGCCCUUCUUCCCCCAUGUCCAUAGAACAAACAGCUGUAAAAGUAGGGCAAAGCGGGUCCUCCUCACGUUCCACCGGAGAAUUUAUUUGCAAUCAGUGCGGUGCCAAGUACUCUAAUUUGGAUUUGUUUCAGACUCACCUGAAAACACACCUGGAGAGUGUCCUCCCCAAGCUAACUUGUCCACAGUGCAACAAGGAGUUCCCAAACCAGGAGUCCCUGCUGAAGCACGUCACCAUCCACUUUAUGAUCACCUCCACAUACUACAUCUGUGAGAGCUGUGACAAGCAGUUCACCUCGGUAGAUGACCUACAGAAACACCUACUUGACAUGCACACCUUUGUGUUCUUCCGCUGCACUCUCUGCCAGGAGGUCUUUGACUCCAAGGUCUCCAUCCAGCUACACCUGGCUGUCAAGCAUAGCAACGAGAAGAAAGUGUACCGCUGCACGUCCUGCAACUGGGAUUUCCGCCAUGAGUCAGACCUGCAACUGCAUGUCAAACACAACCACUUGGAGAACCAGGGCAAGGUGCACAAGUGCAUAUUCUGCGGGGAAGCCUUCGGAACCGAGGUAGAGCUACAGUGCCACAUUACCACCCACAGCAAGAAGUAUAACUGUCGGUUCUGCAGCAAGGCCUUCCAUGCCAUCAUCCUGCUGGAGAAGCACCUGCGGGAGAAGCACUGCGUAUUUGAGGCCAAACCGCAGAACUGUGGUUCCAAUGGUGCCUCCACUGGACCCGAGCCAGCCCCCAAGGAUGACACGGAACUGCAAGGCCUCCUAGCCAACAGCCACGAGUCCCACAACAGCCACGAUGGCAGUGAGGAAGACGUGGACACCUCUGAACCCAUGUAUGGCUGCGACAUCUGCGGUGCUGCUUACACCAUGGACUCCCUGCUGACCAACCACCAGCUGCGUGACCACAACAUCCGGCCAGGCGAGAGUGCAAUGGUCAAGAGAAAGGCCGAGAUGAUCAAGGGAAAUUACAAGUGCAAUGUCUGCUCUCGGACCUUCUUCUCAGAAGCUGGACUGCGGGAACACAUGCAGACCCACCUUGGGCCCGUGAAGCACUACAUGUGUCCCAUCUGCGGAGAGCGCUUCCCAUCCCUCCUCACCCUCACUGAGCACAAGGUCACCCACAGCAAGAGCCUGGACACAGGGAGCUGCCGGAUAUGUAAGAUGCCCCUGCAGAGUGAGGAGGACUUUCUGGAGCAUUGCCAGAUGCACCCGGACCUGAGGAACUCCCUGACAGGCUUCCGCUGUGUGGUCUGCAUGCAGACGGUGACGUCCACCCUGGAGCUGAAGAUCCACGGCACCUUCCACAUGCAGAAGACGGGUACCAUGUCGAGCAACCACCCCAUAGGCCGCAUCAAUCAUCCCUCCCAAAAAUUCUACAAGUGCGCCUCGUGCUUGAAGGAGUUCCGCUCCAAGCAGGAGCUGGUCAAGCUAGAUAUCAAUGGACUACCUUAUGGGCUCUGUGCCUCCUGCGUCAGUGGUGCAGCCAGUAAGAGCUCUAGCCCUGCAGUGAAUGGCGGGAAGCAGCAGGGGGCAAUCAUGCCACCUACUCCUGGGGAGACACUUAGCCCCAGUGAUGGAAAGAUGAAGGCAUCCAAGACACGGUGUUCUAGCUGCAAUGUCAAGUUUGAGUCCGAGGUGGAGCUACAGAACCACAUCCUUUCUGUCCACCGUGACAGUGUGGGGGACACCAACAGCAGUCAGCUACGAACACCACAAGUCUCACCCAUGCCAAGAGUGAGUCCUUUACAGACUGAAGAGAAGAAGACGUACCAGUGCAUUAAGUGUCAGAUGGUCUUCUACAACGAGUGGGACAUUCAGGUCCAUGUUGCAAACCAUAUGUUGGAGGAGGGCCUGAAUCACGAGUGCAAGCUCUGCAGCCAGACAUUCGACUCGCCCGCCAAACUGCAGUGCCACCUGAUCGAGCACAGCUUCGAGGGCAUGGGGGGCACCUUCAAGUGCCCCGUCUGCUUCACAGUUUUUGUCCAGGCGAGCAAACUACAGCAGCACAUCUUCUCCGCCCACGGGCAGGAGGACAAGAUCUAUGACUGCUCCCAGUGCCCCCAGAAGUUCUUCUUUCAGACGGAGCUACAGAAUCAUACGAUGAGCCAACACAACACCUAACAUGGUGGACGGCACUCCCCACAGGAGUCCUGACAUCGAAGAUGUGAGGAAGGGAGAGAAGGUGAAUCUCGACCAUGAAGCGUGCUUGCUUAGUUACUCAUUCUGCACAAAACGUCUGCUGCGACCGUACACCUCGUCCGGUGACAAAAACGAACCCUGUUUUCUUUCUGAAAGAGGGAAAAAAAAAAAACUUUGGACAGCGUGUAUUUCAAUUUUUAAACAUAUGGCUGACAUACUGUAAAUAGAAGUACUUUUACACAUUUCAAGCUCCGGAUAUCAAGGACACAAAGUUCCUUGCUCCAAAGAAUGGGGCAGGGUCUGCAUGCCAGGAACCAACUGCUGACAGACUGGGCAGGGGGGGGGCACCAGUCGGGCCGGCCCCGGGAGGAGCAAAGGGUGCCCACAGAGUCUGAGCCAUCAGUACACCCUGGCCGGAGACAUUACAUCACGGGAGGAGCACUUGCUGGAGGCGGGCGGAUCUCCAGACAGGCAGGUAGAAACCGAGGUGUCGACCUCAUGCAUAAAUUUCAUUAUUGCGGAAGGGGAGGGCAGCACAGGAUUAUGGAUUAUUUAAUGCAGUCCGCCUGUGUGCCGAUUCCAAACAGAAAAGCAUUCCCAUACAUGCAGUGGUGAUGGCAUGGAUUGGAAACCCGCCUUUCCUGCUGGAAACUGACAGACCCCUAAGCCUCCUUUAAUAAUCGUGGCACAGAGAAAUCUCCCAGUGAAUUAAAUCACCCUCUAUGUUACUGUUAUUAAUGUUUAUUCUCUAGCCAGAACCUGGAGAUUACUGGAAUUGUUUUUGCAAUAGGAAAUAAAUCCAAUUUACCUUCAGGUACUAGAGUGUGCUUUUAUUUCUUGCUCCUGGUUUUUGAUUAUGUAAUGACAAAUCUGUCCUUUGCACUCUGGAUUUGGUUCCACUUCUCUGCUCUCUUGGCUUUUGUGACAUUCCAUUUCUCCUUUUAAGCUGUAAAGCACCAAGCAUUCCAUUAUUUAAAGAUUUUACUAUUAUUUGAACUCGAGACACUCUUUUUGUAUGAAGACAUAAUGUGACAUUUUGAAAUCUUGUUCGUUUUCGGGAUAACUGGAAGUAUCCUCUCCAGCAGGACUUUGGAAUAUCAAAAAAAAAGACAAAAAUGACUUCUAAUGUUAUUAAAUAUAUAAUGUACAAAUAUGGACAAAGUUCUGAAUUUGGCAGAACUCAUGUUUGUGUUGCACAUGUGAAGCAUAAUAAAAGUGUAUGUGAGAUGUACUGA